AUGGCGUCUCCGCUUCUUCUCACUCCGAUAUGCCUGGUGUUGUUCGUUUUACUAGCGGUCACACGCGCUUCCGGUGUCGACGGCGGAUUAAAGCAGCUCCAGCUGAAUCUUGUCACCGACACUAUGGAGAUGCCGUUUUACGAUGAUGGUGAUGAAAUCGAAGGGGAAGGUGAAGAUGAUGGAGGUUUAACGGUUUCUGGUCGUAGAUCUCUGCUAUGGGGGAAUAUGAGAUACUACAUCUCUUAUGGUGCGUUGUCGGCGAACAGAGUGCCGUGUCCUCCACGCUCCGGUAGGUCGUACUACACUCAUAAUUGCUGGAGAGCUAGAGGUCCGGUGCAUCCGUACAACAGAGGUUGCUCCACAAUCACCCGUUGCCGCCGGUGA